GCACCAACUAGAUUAAAACCCUUUGCCUUUUGUAAGUGUCAGAUGGCACUCUAUUUUCUAGAAAGACAAGCCUAUUUACGCCUCCAGGCUACUCGUGCAAGUGUGCGAUUACAGUUUGAGCUAGUGUUUGAUUUUUUGCCCUAGUGACGUCUCAGAGCUUCUGGAAUCAUGCUUUCCACACCUUUAAUCGGAUAAACUCCAGACUGAUUUCCCCAGGAGGUGAUAGAAGAACCAACCUCCGGUGGAAAUGUAGACAUCAACUAUUCCUGCAACAUUCUAUCACUAGAGGUAUUUUUCAAGACCUUAUAAAUUCGACUCUUCAAACUCACAACCCAACUCUUGACCGUCGGGAUUUCCUCAGACGGACUUAACUUGGAAUCAUUCAAGAGUUGAAUUUUGGUGUUCUCUAAUCUCACGGCGAGGCUGGCAGAGGGCGGUCGUUGGAACAAUUGUGGUCCGAUUCAUAACAAUACUGUUUUUCUCUACAUCAUUGAUUGUCUAUGUAGGCAUAUGGAUUUGCCAUCAGUAAUUAAAAACUGACCACACCGCUAGUCGACAACCUACAAAGGGAACUACGCUUUAUUCUGCGUGUCGCUCCUUGGGUGAACUUUUUUUUCUGUUAGGGCAUUGAAGAAGGACUUGUUUUCACUUUCUCAUGAAGAUGGCGAUUAGUUUGGAGAGGGAGCUGGUGCUGAAGGAGAUGAUGAGACCACGACUCUGUUACAUUAGUAAAGGGGAGCGCGGAUAUGGAUUUCACCUGCACGGCGAGAGAAACAAAGGCGCGCAGUAUAUUCGUAAGAUCGAGCCAGGAUCUCCUGCGGACCUCUCGGGUCUCCGCUCAGGUGAUCGGCUAGUUGAGGUGAACGGAGAGAACGUCGAGAGAGAUCCACACCAUACAGUAGUUCAGAAAAUCAAUGCUGUUGAGCACAGAACAAGACUGCUGGUGGUUGACCGUGAGGCUGACGAAUACCUCCGCUUCCAUGGGCUCUCUUGCACGGAGGACCGAGCCGUGGAGAUGGGCUCCUUAUCACCUCGCACCUCGGUCACCUCCUCUCCCCGCACCUCAGCCGCCUCCUCCCCGCGUGCCUCGGCCACUCCAUCCCCCUGUGCCUCUUUCACGGGCCCCAGCCUGGCAGAAAAGCUGAUCAAGGCGACAACGCGAGCAGUGUCACCCUUGCUCAUGGACGAAUCUGCCACUAUUCACAAUGGUCUGAAGGUUCCAAAUAGUCCAUCAGCUGUAUCCAAUGGCUCCGUUGUGAGCGAGAGUCAUGGUAGACUGGCGUCCCCCGUCACACUCACCCCAGUGUCCCAGCCCAGCACAGACAUCAGUGGGUCCGAUACCAGUGCUCCGGAGACUUCACCCUUGCCCCCCAAAGACCUUCGUCCAAGACUUUGUCACAUUCUGAAGGGGGAGCUGGGAUAUGGCUUCAACCUCCAUAGUGACAAGGCACGGAUGGGACAAUACAUUCGCUGUGUGGAUCCAGACUCCCCAGCAGAGUACGCCGGAUUGAGGCCGAAGGACAGACUCGUUGAGGUGAACGGGAUGAAUAUUGAGCACCUGCGGCACUCCGAGGUGGUGGCGGUGAUCAGGCGAGGAGGACAAGAGACCACCCUGCUGGUGGUCGACCCGGAAACAGACGAGCUCUUCAAAAGACUGGGCAUCACCCCGACCAAUAAACAUCUAGAGGAGGACAGUGUGGACGGGCCCCUCCCUGACCACUCUCCAGCGCCCUCUCCAGUCCCAGAGGAGUCGGUGUCCCCCUCCCCGCUCUCAGAGCCGGUGGCCGACGCAGACGCAGACGCAGACGCCGACACGGACACGGACUCAGACACAGACACGGUGGACACGGCCGCUCCUCCGGUCAUCAACGUGACGGUGAUGGACCCGCCGGUGAGCGCUCACGGCUCCCCGCGCCACCACAGCCAGGACAGCUCCUCCUCCCACUCCACCCUGUCUGAGAUGAGCGGCGAGCUCAGCAGCUCGGACAACAGCUCCAAGGUGCUGGACGAGGAGGAGCGUCCAGCCUUGGACCCGUUCUGGCGGAGCGGUCUUCGCCUGAGCCCGACCGCAGCGGAGGCCAAGCAAAGGGUCCGCGCCAAGAAACCCAAGAAGAGAGCUCCCCCUAUGGACUGGAGUAAGAAACAGGAGGUGUUCAGCAACUUCUGAGAAGCAUCCUUACUAACUGGGAAAGGCAAGGACUAAGAUGAGAGAAGGUCCUUCUCUGUUUAAGCUAAUGAUAAAACCUCCUAUCGCACCUUUACUUUAUCUUCUGGAUAAGUGAUGAUUAUUUUCCAGGUCAGAUCUGCAAGAUCAUCUCACACACUAUCCCAAACAGAUCCAUGUAUCACCUCUUGUUACGGUGAGGGCACAAGGCACAGAGAGAGACUCUAAAGGCAGACCUUUUGGGAGCAAGUAAGAGAGAAAAGACUGAGAGAGGAAGUGACGGUAGAAAGUGAGAAGCAAAGCGAAGUUUAUUCAUGUGAAAGAACAGCAUGGGACGACUGCUCUGUCAGUUAGCAUUGGGCUAGCUACGUUGCACUUUAAAACUGUACACCUUAAACCAGACAUGAUGGAGUUUAACACACUACAAUGAACGUGAUUGCUGUGUAAAAAGGUUAGGUUGAGCUGAUACGGACCUAAGAAUGCAGAAUUGGUGCCAUUUACUUGUUGUAAAUUGUUGACUCUUUCUCUCUAAAUUGUUGAAAUACUUGUUGACUCUUCAAAAUGAACUUUCAUAGCCUACUAUUUCAACACUAAUAACACAUAUUUAAUGUGAGUAAUAUUUAUUUUUAAAAUGAGUACUAGUACAUCUCAGUCCAUCUUUAUUUUUAGAGAAACAAGUAAAAAACAGGAAUAUAUGGUAACAGGAAAAAACAUUUAGUGACAGGAAUGAGCCGGUUUUAGAGUGCAACCCAGUUUAAAUCCUGAAAGAAGUCGUAUAUGACUUACGAAGGAGAUGGUCUGCUCCUCCGUGCACAUUUGCACACAUGGAAGACGCGCAUCAGUGGCAUGCACAUGGCGUGUUGAUGACGGAAUGUUCUAGUCACGCGCUGCAGAUGCAGGACUAUACCAGCCCUAUCACUCCCCAUCACUCCGCACCUCUGCUUUAAUCUGUUGCCGGGGGUUACCCUGAUUUUAGCUGCUCUGGAUUCAGAAUAUAUCAUAUCAGCCACUAGAGGGCGCAGCAAAAAGACUGUGUGAAACAGAGCGAUUGCCCCCCAUAGAUUCAUCCUGAUCAGUAAACAGUGUUAAGCACACUGAAAUAACAACAUUAAUACUUUCUGCGGAGAACACACAGAGUCUAAUAUUGUAGGUCCAUGAACGCAUCAAGGCUAAUGAAGGCAAGAGCAGAGAGCAGUUGAAAAGUUAAGUCUGACUAAUAUGAAGAGAACAAGAGAAAAAAGACCAGGAAGUUCAGUGGGGAUGACAAGAAAAGUAGGUCAUCUUUGUCCUUUCAGUGACUCAAUAAAAGGACUAUUUCACAAUAUGUAGGUAGCUACACACUAAUGGACGGUGUGUGUGUAUGUGUGUGUGUGUGUGUGGUUUUGUGUGCUCCAUUACACAGCUUCUGUUGCUGGUUUUGCAUAAUGUGAGAGCCAGCUGACAUGGCUAAAAUGGUCUUGCCAACAACAACCCCAAACCACCAGAUGAGAGCUUGCUGACUAAAAUGUUUUAAAGCAAAACAACAGUGUGUGGUCAUGGCACUUAAUAAUGUGUGGCAAUGUCACUCUGGAAUUACUGUAUAUCACUUUUCAAGUCUGCAGAAAUGCUAACUGACUAUUCACUCUGUCUGUCUUUGCUUUUUGCUCAAGAUACAAUGUUUUAAGGUUAUUUUUCAAGAAAUUUCAUAAACAAAACUGGAAACACAUUAGAGUAUAAUUUGGACUAAGGAAGAACACCAUGUAAUUGUGUUCUUUUACUAUUGUUCUUGUGGUUAUUUAUUAUCCUAUUGACAUUUCUUAACCCUCCACGAUGAGUCCUUAUCAUCCACCAAUGUUUCUAUAAUGGACUUCUAUUUCAGACUAUAACCACAUUCCAAAUGUUCUUGUUUGGAAGACCUCAUGGCUGUGACUAGCAUUUUCAAAUCUGAUGUAUACGAUAUGUGCUGUACUGCAUUAACAACUCAACUCAAACUACCUGUCAUAUGACCUAUUCUAAUUUGUUAGAUUGAGCUGCUGUACUGUAACUAUUUGCAAAAUCAUUUUUUUUUAUCAAUCUAUCCCCGUUGUGUGUUAAAAUGUCAUUUUGAAAGUCAUUUACUUAUUAUUGAGUAAAAGAUGGAAGUAUUCAAAUGAUAUUCGUGGGCAUUUCUGCAGUGACUGAAGACUUUCUUUCAUUAAUCUUCAUAAACUUCAUUUGAUGUGUUAAAAGUAUGCACACUUUUGCCAUAAAGUAUCCAGACAAUGAGUGUGCCACAGUGUGCCCAUUCCACACUGUGCUGGACAUGCCCUCUGUUUUCUUCACAGAAAGGUAUUUUAGUUUUUGACUAAUUGUCUUCAGUAGGAAAAGCUUCCAUUAUCUAACCAUUUUCUGUUGUACAGUAUCAAAAAGUGUGAUGAUGUGAGGAUGUUUCAAUGCAUUUAUGUACAUUAAAUCACAUUCUUGCA